AUGGGGAUUAUGUGCCACUACCACUCCCAGGCACACAAGGAGUACAUCUGCAGCAUGUACUUCCUCCUAACCCUCCUUCUGGCGGGCUACUGCCUGGCCGACUACUUCCACCCCAACACGACUGGCCUGCGUCUGCAACAUGGCUUCGAGACCCUCCUCAUCCAGCCCUACGGCUACGAUGGCUUCCGCGUGCGCGCCUGGCCGUUCCGCCCGCCCACCGGCCAAGAGAUCAGCUUCCUCUACGAUCCUCCCCUGGAGGGAUUUGAGAACGGCACCGCCCAUGGCAUGAGCUACGACUUGACCUCCACCGGCGAGACCCCCCAGACGCUCCGCAACGGGGAUCUCAUCCUCCGCACGACGGGCUGGGGCGGCAACGCAGGGGGCUACCGGCUCUCGUUCUCGCGCGUCAACGCCGACGGCAGCGAAACCCUGCUCACCAACGAAUACGCCCCGCUCAAGUCGCUGAACCCACGCACCUACACCUGGCCCGGCCCCGGGGCGGAAUUCCGCGCCGAAUUCAGCUUCAGCUCGACCGCCGACGAGCAGUUCUACGGCACCGGCACGCAGCAGGACCACCGCAUCAACAAGAAAGGCUCCGUGAUCGACCUGGUCAACUUCAACACCUACAUCCCGACCCCCAUCUUCGUCAGCAACAAGGGCUACGCCUUCGUGUGGAACACGCCCGCUGAAGGCCGGAUGGAGCUGGGGACGCUGCGGACGCGGUUCGUCGCCGAAUCCACCACCCUCGUCGACUACGUGAUCGUCACCACCGCCGACAACUCCUCCUCGAAAUACGACACCCUCCAGCGCCGCCUCUCCGCCCUCACUGGCAGGGCCCCCACCCCGCCUGCCUUCAGCCUGGGCUACAUCCAGUCCAAGCUGCGCUACGAGAACCAAAGCGAAGUGGAGCUGCUCGCGCACAACUUCGCCGCGCGCAACAUCCCGGUCUCCCUCAUUGUCAUCGAUUACCAAUCCUGGGCGCACCAAGGCGACUGGGCGCUGGACCCGCGCCUGUGGCCGAACGUCAGCCACAUGGCCACCGUGGUGCGCAACACCACCGGCGCCCAGAUGAUGGCCUCCCUAUGGCCCAGCGUCGCCGACAACUCCCUCAACUACGCCGCCCUGCAAGGCCAGGGCCUCCUCUCCGCGACGCGCUCCGGCCCCGGCACCACCGACAGCUGGAACGGGAGCUACAUCCGCAACUACGACGCCACCAACCCCCGGGCCCGGGAGUUCCUCUGGGCGGCCCUCCACCGCAACUACUACACCCAAGGCAUCCAGAACUUCUGGAUCGACCAAGCCGACGGCGGCGCCCUCGGCGAGGCCUACGAGAACAACGGACAAAGCACGUACAUCCAAUCCAUCCCCUACGCGCUCCCCGACGUGCUCUACGCCGCCGGCACCCAACGCAGCGUCGGCAAACUCUACCCGUGGGCCCACCAACAGGCCAUCGACGAGGGAUUCCGCAACGCCUCCGCCACCGCCCCGGGCUCCGCAUGCCCGCACAUCUCGCUCAGCCGCAGCGGCUACAUUGGCUCGCAGCGCUGGUGCAGCAUCAUCUGGUCCGGCGACACCACCUCCGUCUGGGAGACGCUCGCCGCCCAGAUCGCCUCCGGCCUCUCCGCCGCCGCCACCGGCGGCAACAUCGACACCGACGAAUUCCGCGAGCUGUAUGUGCGGUGGUUCGCGUGGGCGACCUUCCUCCCGUUCAUGCGGACGCAUGGGAAUCGUGCGUGCAACGUCCAAGAGGCCUACACCUGCGCGAACGAGCCGUGGUCCUACGGCGCGGAGAACACGCGCGUGCUGGUGGGGUACAUCCACCUCCGCUACCAGCUGGCGCAGUAUCUGACGCAGGUGUUUGAGCGGUUCAGCCGCGAGGGGAGGAGCAUUAUGCGGCCGCUGUAUAUGGAUUUCGAGCAUUCGGACGGAAAUGUGACCGCCUGGGUCGGCGGGAAUGCGAAUUUCACCACGCAGCAGUAUAUGUUCGGGCCGAGGCUGCUGGUGAGUCCCGUCACCAAGCCGAAUGUCUCGCAGUGGGAGGUGUAUCUCCCCGCCACGGGGGAGAAGGGACGGUGGACGAAUUGGUGGUCGAAUGAGACGUACGCGGGUGGGGAGGUCGUGACGGUUGCCGCGCCCAGGGAGCAGAUUCCCUUGUUUUAUCUGGGGAAGAGGGAGGAGAUUCUCAGUGGGGAGGUGUUUGCGUGAGCUGGUGGAUGGCCGGGGGUUGGGUUGGGUUGUAUCUGGGAAUUAUUCAGUCAUUGUACUGUACCUGUGGAUCAAGGAUCCCUCUCACGAGAAGUAGAGACUACUAGUACGUAGUUACCAGUAGUUACGAGGAACGAUAAACUGCAUUCCAGCAAACCACAAUAAG